UUUUAUACCGACCUGUUUGGGGCAGAGGAGUGUGACGGGGAAGCUGUGACCGAGCUGCUGCAGGACCUCCCACAGCUGAGUCCAGGUGAGCGAGACACCCUGAGUGCCGACAUCACGCUGGAGGAGCUGACCACUGCUGUAUCUCAGAUGGCUGCAGGCAAGUCACCAGGGUUGGAUGGAUUACCAGCAGAUUUUUAAAAACAUUUCUGGAACAGUAUGGGACAGGAUCUGCUGGAUGUCCUGAAGGAGGCAUUUGCUAAAGGGCUUCUUCCAGCCUCCUGCAGACGGGCGCCAUUGACCUGUGUGCUGAGGGGAAACACGACUGUGAACAGAUCUGCAUUAGUGCACCCGGCACCUUCACCUGCGACUGCAACAAAGGAUUCAAACUCAACAAGGACAAGAAGACCUGCACAAACAUGGACCUGUGCAGCAGCGUGCAGCACGGCUGUGAGCACCAGUGUGUCAACACUCCUGGAUCCUUCUACUGUGUGUGUCCAGAGGAGCAGCUGCUGCAGGAGGACGGCAAGAGCUGCGGCACCUGCAAGUCGGCCAACAUCGACCUGGUGCUUCUGAUCGACGGCUCCAAGAGCGUCCGCCCUCAGAACUUUGAGCUGGUCAAAAAGUUCGUCAACCAGGUGGUGGACUCCCUGGACGUGUCCACUCACGGCACCAGAGUGGGUCUGGUCCAGUACUCCAGCCGGGUCAGGACAGAGUUUCCUCUCAACAUGUACCACUCUGCUGAGGAGAUCAAAGCUGCAGUGAUGAAGGUUGAGUACAUGGAGAAAGGGACGAUGACGGGUCUGGCCCUGAAGCACAUGCUGGAGAACAGUUUCUCCGAGGCCGAGGGCGCUCGUCCCGCCAGCCGCAACAUCCCCCGCAUCGGACUGGUCUUCACAGACGGACGCUCCCAGGACGACAUCACCGAGUUCGCCAAGAUGCCCAAAGAAGCUGGCAUCACCAUGUACGCUGUGGGCGUGGGGAAAGCUGUGGAGGAGGAGCUUCGUGAGAUCGCGUCCGAACCCGUGGAGAAACAUUUCUAUUACACCAGCGACUUCACGGCCAUCAGCACCAUCGCUGAGAACCUCAAGCUGAACGUCUGUCCAGAGGAGAGUCAGGGGGAGAUCGAGGUGAAGGACCCGUGUGCCUGUGAGAGUCUGGUGGAGUUCCAGCAGGCCACCAUGAGCAGCCUGGAGCAGCUCACACAGAAACUGGCUGGGAUGACUGCUCGUCUGGAGCAGCUGGAGAACCAGCUUCUCACCAGGAAGUGACCAGGACGCCACAGAGGAAGAAGGACAGAGUGAGGAAGAGGAGGAAGAGGAGGGCACAUCCUGGAGAGAUCCGUUAGAGCAGGAAUCAGAAAUCCCUUCUAAUCAAUGGACCCUCCAGUGUUUCCAGGAAGCCUUGGGGGCCUUCAGUAGAUCUGCUGAUCUCCACCUGGAUGAGGACCACAUUUAUCUGACAGCUUGUGAUUAGGAUUCACUUUUCUGGUAAAGAUGUAAAAAAUAAAUCAUUUGUUUACUUAUUGCCUUUAAAAGACAACAGCGACAACAAUCUACGAUUCAAAAUAAACGUUUGUAUAAAAUA